AUGCCCGUCCUCAAGCCCCUCUCGGGCGACGGCGAAGCGCCCCAGCAACGGAAGCAGCCCUCAAGAAAGGGAAAGAAGGCGUGGAGGAAGAACGUCGACGUUUCCGAGGUGCAAGAAGGUCUCGAUGAGUUGAACACACAAAUCAUUGCCGGUGGUGUCGUCGCAGAAAAGGACUCGGCAGACCUCUUCACCCUCGACACGGUCGGCAAGGUCGAAAAGCGCCCCAAGCCCAAGAAGACGCUCAAGUCCGACGAGAUCCUCGCCGCCCGCUCCGCCGUUCCCGCCGUCUCCUCCCGCAAGCAGAAGCGCGAAGCCGAAAGUUCAAAGACGUCGGACGGCCUCCUCCCGGUCAAGCGCCAGCGCACCGACUGGGUCUCCCACAAGGAGCUCAGCCGCCUGCGCCGGGUCGCCGAUGGACACCAGGAGGAAUCGACCAGCAUCGUCCCCCAGGAAGCGACCUACGACCUAUGGGGCGCGGCGGCGCCGUCUUCUUCCAAGGCAGUAGCAGUCUCCAGCAGCAGCAAGGACAACUUCCUCCCGCCCAUCCAAAAAGCCAAACCCCCCAAAACCCUCAAACACACGCCCAUCUCCCUCACCGCCAGCGGUCGCCAAAUCCCCGCCGUUGUCAAGCCCACUGGCGGCUACUCUUACAACCCGACCUUUGACGACUACGCCGACCGUCUCGAAGAGGAAGGCGCGAAAGCCGUCGCCGCGGAAGAAGCCCGCCUCGCCGCCGAAGAAGCGGACCGACUCAAGCGCGAAGCCAUCGCCAAAUCCGCCGCCGAGGCCGACGCCGCCGAGGCGCGCGCGCAGCUGUCCGAGUGGGACGAGGAUUCCGCCUGGGAAGGGUUCGAGAGCGGUGUGGAAGGUGACGAUAAGCCGAAUACCAAGAGACCCCAGCGCAAGACCCCGCAGCAGAGGAACCGCAUCAAGCGCCGCAAGGAGGCGGAGCGCGAGGCCAAGCACCAGCUCGCGCUCAAGAAGAAGGCCGCGCAGGCGGAGCGGAUCAAGGAGAUCGCCGCCGAGAUUGCGGGCCGCGACGCCUCCAAGAGCGCGUUGGCGCUGGCCAAGGAGGUGGGCGAGGGGAGCGACGCCGACGACGACGAAGACGACAUUGUCGACGAGGGCCGGCUGAGGAGGAGGCAGCUGGGCAAGAUGAAGUUGCCCGAGAAGGACUUGGAGCUGGUCUUGCCCGACGAGCUGCAGGAUUCGCUGCGGUUGCUGAAGCCCGAGGGGAACCUGCUCAAGGACCGGUACCGUAGUCUGCUCGUGCGCGGCAGGGUGGAAGCCAGAAGACACAUCCCGUUCAAGAAGCAGGCCAGGACGAAGCUCACGGAGAAGUGGUCUUACAAGGACUUCAGGAUUUAG